UUUGCGUAAAAAAUUAUCGUCUUCAAAAGAAGGGGUGCUAAUCCAAGAUUCAAUUAUUACUCCCAGUAAUUAUUCCGCUCCGCUCUGAAUCUAAUCAAUUGAAGAAUACUGAGGGCAUAAUGGUGGUUGGAUCAAACUGUUCUGGCGAAGACUUUUAUAUCCUAACUUUAACAGAGGCAAACUAUGUUCUCGAGCUGCUGACAGCCGCUCAAGAAAGGGACAUUUACUAGGAAUUCUCCAGUGGCAUGACGAAGCACGGUUUUUUCUUUUGUAUGCGACAGGUUUUGAUUUAGUCCAAAGGAAAGCUUAUGAAAGCCACAUAUGAACCUUCUUGGUGAUCUUUGUAUGAAAAUAUUUUGAAAAUUUAAUUAAGGCAGAACCAAUGAGGAGGGCACUUGUUGGUUUCAAUGCCCCAUAAGAGAAAGACAUCCUCUUGUCUUUGGGAACUUAGGUGAGCUUUGCUUCCGUCUUAUUUUAGCCACCCCACAACUUCAAACAAAUAACUUGGUGUCUCUAGUUCAUGAGCGGUGGAGAUUACAGGAACCAUGGGCAGAAAUAUUGAAGAACAGACUGUUUUUCUCACUGAAGCUAAGGGUUUUGGAGGAAAAGUUUAUGAUGAACCAUCCUUCAACACAAUACUCAAAGCCUCACUCACACACGCCAGACCUAACAGUAUGGUUGUUAAGAAAGUAUGCCCUAGAGAAUACAUCCCUCCUCAUAUCGUAGCGGAGGCGAUAUCGACCCUCCAUGGCCUCGAUCUUCGGUGGUCUGGCCCGAUCACUCCUAACGAGAUGCAAUACGUCGAACAAUAUGUUCUUGCAAAAUAUCCUCAGUACUCUCAUGGCCUCAUAGAUGAUGAAGCUGACAAAAAUGAUCUGUACAAUUACAUUAACAACUCCCCUCAAAACCCUGAGGAUAGACGGAGAUCCCCUCGAGGGCUCAAUAGUGUUUCGUCCUCCCCCUCCUCUAUCGGCAGCAAUCACCCAGACCUCGACAGAACUCAACUGGAGCCUUCAAGACUCCUAGACAUUCUCACCAAGAAAUGUUCAUUUCCUGGUAGUUUCAUCUCUAUACCAGAGAUACAGGCAAGAAACCGUGUUUUAAAACAUUGUGGCUUAACCGAAGAGGACUACCUCGUUUUAUUUGUACCGAGCUAUAAGGAUGCAAUGAUGCUAGUAGGUGAAAGCUACCCGUUUUUUCGUUACAAUUACUACAUGUCAAUCCUCGAUGAAGAAGUAGACGCCAUCAGAGAAUUCGCGUCAUAUAAAGAAUCUAAGGUAAUUUCAGCGCCAGAGACAUGGCUUGAUCUAAGAAUCAAAGGGUCUCAGCUGAGUCAGUAUUUCAGGAGGAAGUGCAAGCACAGCCCUAAAGGGUUGUUCUCGUAUCCGGUGGAGGUGAGGGGAACACGGUAUUCGAUGCACUGGGUGUCAGAGGCGCACCGUAACUUGUGGCAUGUGCUUUUAGAUGCGACAGCGCUCGUGGUGGGCGAGGAUCGGCUGAGCUUGGCGCUACAUAGGCCGGACUUUGUGUUGUGUACUCUUGAUAAUACUCAUGCUUGCCCUUCUAAAGUUACUUGCCUUUUGGUGAGGAGGCAGUCUUUUGAGACUGUGGCUUCGUCACCCCAGUUUUAGUCCCAUACGGAUGUACUCUGAGGUUAGAGAUUAUGGUGGUGAAAGUAUAUGAGAAGGGAUUUAUAUUUGUUUUGCUUGUAUAUUUGUUCUUCAAGGAACUUGGUUUUAUGGUGUAAUUUAUAUAAUAAUAAUGCAAUUCUCUAUUGCAAACCUUAAUUGCUUUUUUUUUU